GUACCAGAAUCGAAAUUUUUAUUCUGCUUAGUGUGCAGUGGUGCCCCAAUUGAAAUAAACUGGUUUCCAGAUCGGAACAACUCGUUGGAAGAACCAGAUCGGAAUAAUACUGCAGCGUAGUGUCAGACAGUUUCGUCGCCAAUCAUGAGAAGUCUUCUAGUGUUCGUUGUUGUAAUAGUCAUAUCCUGCCUAUUUCAUCCUGCGGCAUGUGGUUAUGUAGAAGACUGUCGAAAGCUUUUAGAGAAAUGCCAGUCUUAUGCUACUCCGUCUGCAAGAGGGCCUCCGUUUGAUUUUAAGACUGUUCCUUGGCCAGUAACCGAUGAUUACUUACAACUUCACCGCUCGUUCUCCGACCGUUUCUGCCGAGGACUGAGUGAAUCUGGACAGUGUUUCCGCGAUUUAAAUAGCCGUUGUCCGGGAAUUUUUGAUUACUGCCACAUGGGUAAAUCUGCACACGGAUGGUUCCAUGGCGAAUACCUCAUGGCUAUCAGCAAACUGUGCCAACUGCCCCGCGGCUCGUUACCCUAUGCCAGUGCGUCUUCUCUCUGCGGUCGCAAAACUCCACUUCUUCCAUAUUGUAUGAAAAAGAUUUUGAGCACUGAUUUGAACCAUUACGAAGACAUUUCACCGGAUACGGAAUCAGCACGUCGUAAUGUGUGCGAGUAUUUCCAACUUGUUACCGCGGGAAUUGAAGCUGAAGGCCCCGUGCGGACCGAAUUAGUAGAGAUGUGCGGUAGCGAAGAAGUGGUCAAUGCGUUGGUGGCCGAGCAAAAGAACAUAUAUUCUUUGAACUGCAUGGAUCAACUCAAUUUUUGAUAGCUAUAUUUACUCGUAUAACGCUACGUCAUGCAGGCUGCACCUGCAACAGUGUGCAUGUUGUCGGAUAACUCUAGUUGUCUUUUUUUUGUUAUAAAAUUUCAUUUUAUUG